AUGCCUCAAGCAAAGCCCAAGCCCUCUGAGAUUGCCGCAGAGGCCAAGAAAACUUACAUCCCCUACAUCGAGAAACGCAUGCCCGAACAUCCCGCACGCUCGAUCCUCAUUUCUGACAGUGCCGAGAUCCCCAUCAGACAGGAUUGCAAGUCGAAGCAGAGACUCCGCGUUGCCGUCAUCGACGGCGAUCCUGUAGACGUGGCUCUCGACUGGUACCAAUACGGCCGUCAGAACGGCACCAUCACCUCCUCAGCUCAGCGAGUGCCUGUCGUCAACAUGGCCAACGAGAAGCGUGCAGGCGGCGAUUGGGAGUCCGGCUUGCUUGCCCCCGAGGAGUGCUUCGCUCGGAGGAGUAAUCUCGUCCAUUCGCUCGUUACCCCUUGGUCGGGAUAUGCGACGGCCGCACACGGACAUUAUCCGAUCCCGCAAAGAGGUGGUGUAUACUCGCCUUCAGUUGUUGUCUACCGCGACGGGCCAGAGUCGUAUCAGCUCUGGAGGGAGUUCAGAGCUCUGCCUGUCAUCUCUGUCGCGCCGGUGCGGCGCCCGAAGCUUGACGAGUCGGGCACGCAGUAUUCGUUUGAGCAGGAGCGUGAGCUCAUGCUGGACAAGAUGCGGGCCGUCCUGCGCAUCGCUGCCGCAUGGGGCCAUAAAGACAUCUGCCUGGGUGCGUUUGGCGUGGGCCCCAUUUUCCGCAACCCUGCUGCAGAGGUGGCAAGAAUGUGGAAAAGCCUCUUGUUUCACGAGAAGGAGUUUCAGGGUGCUUUCGUCAACGUCGUCUUUGCCAUAGAGACAAACCAGCCGGGAAACGCAAAGGGCGGUGCUUCGGAACACGAGAUUUUCAGACGGGAGUUUGACCCCUCGAAUGUCUUCAGAACAACGUACCGGUAG